AUGAGCGACGGACCUUUACCAGCACCACCUCGCCUCAUCGCGAGCCUAGCAGUGCACUCACAACGGGUUUUUCGCCUGAGCUGCGUGUUCUUCCUCCUCUGUGCCGUCGGCAGUCUCGUUUUGUUUUGGCCGAUUCUCAUCAAGGAGGAUUUUGAGGCUUAUCUUCAAUGUGACGGGCCUCAACAUGGCAGGCUUCACAUGUUGAGGGAGCUCAGGAAAGUCCAGGCUUGUAGUCUUGGGAGGGUGCCCUCGUGUUUUGCAGAGCUGAGUGCGAUGUUUUCCGCUCAGAAAUGGGCCGAAAUGAGAGAGAUGCAGAGGAACUAUGCAACGGACCUUCAGGAGUCGACGGAGACGGGCAUGGGCCGCACGCAGCGAAUUGCUAUCGGCCUCCUCGGCUUUGCCCUUUUCGUUGUCAUCGUCGCCCUCUACGGCUCGCAACCGGCCAGCCCAGCACGAGCUUCUGCUCGUCACGUGCUCAAGUUCACGGCGCUCGAUGCUGAGAAGAAAGCUUCGAGCGUGGAGGAGAGAGAAGAGGUGUCCGAGCAGGUCCUCGAGAUGCAAUCCAAGGUGACGAAGAUUCAAACGAAGCUUGAACACUUACAGUCCGCCUUGGAUUCCUGCGGCUCGGCAGGUGAGGAAUGUGCACACCCGCUGCAGUGCUGUCAUGGGGUGCAAUGCUGUGCAGAUGGCACACAAUGCUGUGGGAGUGGCAACUGCUGUGCUGCCAACGACGUUUGCUGUCAUGGAGGCUGCUGCAGCCAGGGAAGUGUUUGUUGUGGCAACGGUUUGUGUGGUCUGCCUGGCAGCAAAUGCGAAGAUGGCAUCGUGCUGGCCCCACCGAUUCACACCUCCCCCCACGCGCAGGAGGCGAUCGACGGCGCCAAGAAGGCGCUAGAAGAGAUCGAGAGCGCGGCCUCGAAGGCAGAAGACUGGGUCGACACGCACCCGGGGAAGCAGGGGCUGCAGCUGCAGACACCGAAGCCGCCACAGCCACCGCAGCCACCGCAGCCGCUGCAAGCGAAGUGA